ACGUCAUAGUUUUUGUUCCGUAUGCGGAAGCGUUUCCUCGAUGUGGCUGACCUACCGAUCAUAAUAAACACAGCUGCAAUCAACAGAAGAUUCCGAGACAAAUCUGACGGUGCUUUCCAAAACAGUCAUACAACAUUCCAUUCAGAGGAAGAAUCCAUCAUGGGGCGAGUUUUCUUGGAGCAUAUAGGAGGCACAAGACUGUUCUCAUGUGCUAAUUGUGACACAGUACUAACCAACAGGGCGGAACUGAUGUCAACCCGUUUCACAGGGUCAACAGGUCGUGCGUAUCUCUUCAAACGAGUCGUCAAUUUAUCAUUCAGUGAGGUCCAAGACAGGAUCAUGUUAACUGGACGUCACAUGGUACGAGAUGUUUUCUGUAAAAACUGUGACUCAAAACUUGGUUGGAUCUAUGAAUUUGCCACGGAGGAGUCUCAGAGGUACAAAGAAGGCAAAGUGAUUUUAGAACGAGCUCUCAUCACGGAAAGUGAAGGCAUGGAAGAGCACGUCGUAGUAGGAGACAUUUGAUGCUGCAGAGCAUCGUUUUAAAUCAUUUUAUCUAUGUAAAAUUUUAGAUAGAACAAUAAUUCUUGUCAUAUUUAUAUAUAUUGUAUAUAGCAAACUGAUAUUAUCAUAUUCUGUAGUUAGCACAUUUGCAGUUUGCUAUUUAAAAAUGUACGAGUUGAAUUCAUUAGAGUAAAAUGGGUUUGCAGUGUGCAAGACAUUCUUAUGAUUUGGAAUGGAGCAUCAUAGCGUCGAAUACUACAGUCGUUCUUGGGAGGUACAUUACCUUUGAGUGAUGUACAUCAAGAAUUGUGAUACUAUUUGAAAUAUAAACAGUGAUAAGGAAAUAGUUAUACCAACAAUGCCUCAUUCACAGAAGACAUGGUUAAUUGUCUUGUGCAGUAUACCAUCUCAGGUAUUUGGUACAUAUAUCUUAUAUCACCUUAUAGAUUCAAUCAUCAUAUGCAUUACAGAAAGGCCCAUGAGUCAGGGGCUUCUACUGAUUGCAAAAUAAAGCAGUUGUCAGCCAUUUUUUACUCAGCUGUUAGGAGGUCAAAGGGCAGUAGAGAACAUGAUGAUUCAUGAUGUCAAGUAUGUUUCCAGCUGAGAAUAUGUAACCAAUUGGAUUAUGCUUUGUGAGGGGAAGGGGCACAGUACCGUUAAGUCAUUAGAGAUUUAGUAGUCAGCAUGACUUUGGUGGAAUGAAAUACUCCCUACCCCCUCCUUUCUCUACAUUCAUCCAGCAUCCCUAAUUGACAAAAACAACUGAAUUUUGGAAGAA